AUAUAAUCUUGCAUAAAAAGGAAAGAUAAAUUCUAAAAAUUAUUAAGUCAGCUCAGUGGAUAAUAUUGCACCCUGUUAGAUACAUGUUAAAUUAACAGAGAAACGAGGAAGAAGAAGCGAUAUUUUUAUUCUGUCGAAAUUAAUUUGCGUUUGCAAACAAAAAAAGUAGUUACUUUAAAACAUAGUUGUACGCAAACAGAUAUAAGAAUUAAAUGGCGUCAACUUCAAGACUGGAAAACAACAAGGUGUGCUGCUAUGCCCAUCCGGAGUCUCCAUUAAUUGAGGACUAUCGAGCUGGCGACAUGAUAUGCUCGGAAUGUGGCCUGGUGGUUGGUGAUCGAGUUAUCGAUGUAGGUUCCGAAUGGCGCACAUUUAGCAAUGAAAAAAGUGGCGUCGAUCCCAGCCGUGUGGGAGGUCCAGAGAAUCCUUUACUCAGUGGCGGAGAUUUAUCCACGAUUAUUGGCCCGGGAACAGGUUCGGCAUCUUUCGAUGCCUUCGGAGCACCCAAAUACCAGAACAGACGCACAAUGAGCAGCUCAGAUCGCUCGCUUAUAUCCGCAUUCAAAGAAAUUUCAUCAAUGGCCGAUCGCAUCAAUUUGCCCAAAACAAUAGUCGAUCGCGCAAAUAACUUAUUCAAGCAGGUACAUGAUGGCAAGAAUCUAAAAGGACGUUCAAAUGAUGCAAAGGCAUCAGCUUGUUUGUACAUAGCCUGCCGCCAAGAAGGUGUACCACGCACAUUCAAGGAAAUCUGUGCAGUUAGUAAGAUAAGCAAGAAGGAAAUUGGAAGAUGCUUUAAACUAACAUUAAAAGCACUUGAAACUAGUGUAGAUUUGAUAACGACUGCCGACUUUAUGUGCCGUUUCUGUGCCAACUUGGAUCUCCCUAAUAUGGUGCAGCGAGCUGCCACGCACAUUGCGAAGAAAGCUGUGGAGAUGGACAUUGUACCUGGAAGAUCGCCAAUUUCUGUAGCUGCUGCCGCUAUUUAUAUGGCAUCGCAAGCAUCGGAGCAUAAGCGUAGCCAAAAAGAAAUUGGCGAUAUUGCUGGUGUGGCCGAUGUAACUAUACGACAAUCAUAUAAGCUAAUGUACCCGCAUGCUGCAAAACUAUUUCCAGAGGAUUUCAAGUUUACAACACCGAUUGAUCAGCUACCGCAAAUGUAAAAUACCUGGCAGCAAAAUCGGUAUAUAUAUAUAUGUGUUUAUAUAUAUCGAGGCUCAAUUAUCAUAUAUACGUUAAAAACAUGGAUAUAAUUACGAAAUACGUGUUGUAGGACAAGUUUAGUUUUAAAUUCAGUAAUGACCAUACUUUAAUCACAACACCAACACGAAACAAGUACGAUUUUAUUCAUAUUAAAGGACAGAAAUGCAAAUGAACUUCACUUUGUUGAAAUGUGCACCACUGAAACUUGCAUCGCUUCUAAUUAAGAUUGUAUAAUAAAUGCUAAAAAUCAUUUUAA